CCCACACCCACACUCAUGGAAACUCCUUAGCCCCCUCACCAAGCCCAAAACAACACACACACACACGUGCAGGCAGGCAGGAAAUGAGUGAAAAGCACAGGAUUUGAAAGCCCCAGCCAGCCAGCCCCUAACCAACUAACCAACACACUACACUCACUGUCCAUGAAUUAAUUGCCUUGCAGGCCUCCCCACUCUCUCUCUCUCCCACCCAAUCACUCACUCCCUCACUCUCUCGUUCUCUCAUUCGCACUGCACGCCUUUGUCUUGCUCGCCAUAGGCCGCAUACGGGCGGCCUGCAUCCUGCCACGCGUCCUGAAGCUCCGCAUAGUACGACACCUCACGUGGGUGCGGCGACCCGACAACACCCAUACCCUUACCCACACCCACAUCCACACCCACACCCACAUCCCCACCGCCCAUCCCUAUAGCAUGGUGGACCCCGCCUCGCUCCAUCACACUACUCAAGCCCAUCGGCGUCACAUCGCCCCCCCGCGCCCUCUUGAUGUGUGUCUGCUCCCAAUCUCUCUCCAUCAUAUGAUAAUGCGGCGGCUGCUGGUGGCGGCCAAGGUCAUCCAUCCCGCCCCCCAAUCUCUGCCGCCAUCCAGCCUGGUACUGAGCAUGAGAAGCUUCCAUGCCCUCCUGCUGCUGCUGCUGCUGCUGUUGGUGCUGGUAGUCCGCGGCAGUGACGAUGCGUGGCGGCGGGGGCGGGGGCCGUGAGGGUGCGGGGGGGAUGGAGUGAUGCUGCUGCUGUUGCUGCUGCUGCUGGUCGUUUGGUUGUUGUUCUGGCCCGGCGGGUGGUCCGGAGAGUGGAUUGGGGUUGAGCUCCCACUCCCCGUGGGCAAACUUGCAAAGGGGAUCAUUGCACUUGCCGCGCAGCCACUGACCGCACAACUUGGUCUGCAAGAGGCCGGCAGAGACACACAGACGACAGAGUGAGUAAGUGCAUAGAAUAGACAGACACACAAGGGGCCUGCCAGGCACUCACCUUUCGCAGGUUUGGCAUGACUCUCAUUUCCUCGCAACUGUGGGCAUAUGUGCAGUUCUCCCGGUUGCAGCGCCCCUCCAUAAAAAACUGACCAACCAAAGAAAGGAGCAAUUCACCACGGCGGCUCCUCCUUGCGGCCCCAUCUGUUGGGCCGUCUCACCUUACAGAAUUUCGUUUUCCAACACCUGAAGACACGCAGAAGCACAAAGGCCGUCCCUGUCCAUGCGCUCUCCGCUUCCAUGCAUCCGUGUCCUUCAUUCUGGUGCGUGUAGUGCGUGUUUGCCCGCUGAUUGACUCACUUCUGCGAGAGCUUGGACUUCUCCUGGGCAUGGUGGAGGCUGUGGUGGUAGUAGCCCGACACAGGGUAGCUUCCAUGAUAGCCGCCGCCUGAGUAGCUCAUCCUAGCUAUGCAUCUCACAGGUG